AUGAGCACCUCACACCGGGGGAUCACCGUCCGAGCGUUCCAGGACCUGAUCCGCGAGCGCUAUUACCAGACCGACGCCGCUCGCGGCGCGAGCGGGACGUUCCUGUGGUUCGCGGAGGAAUUCGGCGAGCUGGCGUCCGCCAUCGCGGCGUCCCAGAAGGGCGAGGCGAUGUCGCCUGAAGAGCGGGCGAAUCUGGAAGAGGAGUUCGCGGACGUGAUCGCCUGGCUCGCGACGCUCGCGAACAUCACGGGGGUGGACCUCGAAUCCGCGCUGUCCAAGUACACCACGCCGGGGCGGGUGGAGGGGGUCAAGGCGGCCGAGAAGGGGUGGGACGCGCUGCUCAUGCCGUUCGUGUGCGCCGGGGACCCCUCGCUCGAAGUGACCGAGCGGUGCCUUGUCGAGUUCCCGCGGGCCGGGGCGUCGAUCGUGGAGGUGGGCAUCCCGUUCAGCGACCCGAUCGCGGACGGGCCGACGAUCUCCUCGGCGAUGCACCGGGCGUUGGGGUCGGGGGUUGGCGUGCGUGACGUGCUCGGGGCGGUCAAGCGGGCGCGGUCGGGGACGGACGCGGCGUUCGUGGCGAUGGUUUCGUGCUCGAUCGCGCGCCGGUUCGGGGCGGGGGCGUUCGCCGGCAUGCUCGCGGGGGCGGGGUUCGACGGGGUGAUCUACCCGGACCUUCCGCUCGAAGAGUCGGAGCCGUUCGCGGCCCCGGCGCGGUCGGCCGGCCUCACGGUGAGCCUGCUGGUCUCGCCGGCGACGCCCGGUGGGCGGGCCCGAUCGAUCGCGGGGGCGUCGAGCGGGUUCGUGUACGCGAUGGCGCGGGUGGGGAUCACGGGCGGGGAGGGCUCGGGCGGCCCCGGUGAUCUUUCGGGGUACCUGGGCGGGCUCCGGGAGGCGUCCGGCGUGCCGGUGGCGUGCGGUUUCGGGGUGAGCAGCGCGGAGGAGGUGCGCGCGGUCGCGCGUCUCGCGGACGGGGUGAUCGUGGGCUCGGCGAUCGUGAAGGCGAUGGCCACGGCGCACGGGCGCGGAGAAGACGCGUCGGGUGCGGGGAUCGAGCUGGUUCGGUCGCUGGCGUCGGCGGCGCACGGGGCGUGCGCGCCGUGGAGAAGCAUGAACGAGUUCAACGCACGGACGGUCGCACUCAACCACGUUGCCGGUUGGGAGCAGGAGCACGAUUUCUCCGGCCCACCUACGACGCGUGAGGGGGCGGACAAGCUGUUCGGGCGGGACGUGUUCUCGCUGAAGGUGAUGCGCCAGCGGCUGCCGAAGGAGGUUUUCCGGCACGUCUCCAAGACGAUCCGCGAGGCGAAGCCGCUCGACCCGAGCGUGGCGAGCACGGUCGCGAACGCGAUGAAGGACUGGGCGAUCGAGAACGGCGCGACGCACUACACGCACUGGUUCCAGCCGCUGACGGGUCUGACGGCGGAGAAGCACGACGCGUUCCUGUCGGUCGAUGGCCAGGGCAACGCGAUCAGCGAGUUUUCCGCGAGCCAGCUGGUGCAGGGCGAGCCGGACGCCUCGAGCUUUCCCUCGGGCGGGGUGCGGGCGACGUUCGAGGCGCGCGGGUACACCGCGUGGGACCCGACGAGCCCGGUCUUCCUGCGUCGGGUGGGCAAGAGCGUGACGCUGUGCAUCCCGACGGCUUUCGUCUCAUUCAACGGCGAGGCGCUGGACAAGAAGACCCCCCUGCUGCGGUCGAUCGACGCGGUCUCCGAGCAGGCGAUGCGGGUGGUGAAGUUCUUCAGCCCGCAGUCGCGUGCGACGCGCGUGUACUCGACGUGCGGCGCCGAGCAGGAGUACUUCCUGCUCGACCGGCACCUGUACCUGGCCCGCCCGGACCUGACGCUCUGCGAGCGGACGCUCUUCGGGGCCUCGUCGCCCAAGGACCAGCAGCUGGACGAUCACUACUUCGGGACGAUCGCGGACCGCGUGCAGGCGUACAUGGAGGACUGCGAGCGUGAGCUGUACCUGCUCGGCGUCCCGGUGAAGACGCGUCACAACGAGGUGGCGCCGGCGCAGUUCGAGAUCGCGCCGAUGUUCGAGCACGCGAACGUGGCGUGCGACCACCAGCAGCUCGUGAUGCGGGUGCUCCGUUCGCGGGCACACCGUUUCGGGCUCGAGUGCAUCCUGCACGAGAAGCCCUUCGCGGGCGUGAACGGCUCGGGCAAGCACGUGAACUGGUCGCUCUCGACGAACACGGGCGUGAACCUGCUCGACCCGCGUGACGAGACGCACUCGAACAUGCAGUUCCUGGUGUUCCUCUGCGCGGUGAUCCGCGCGGUGGACCUGCACUCGGGGCUGCUCCGGGCGUCGAUCGCGAACCCGGGCAACGACCACCGCCUGGGCGCGAACGAGGCGCCGCCGGCGAUCAUCUCGAUCUUCCUGGGCGACAUGCUCCAGGACAUCAUCGAGCAGAUCGAGAAGGGGACGCCGAAGUCGACCAUGAAGGGCUCGCGGCUGGACCUGGGGGCGAACUCGCUCAUGCAGAUCCCGCAGGACACCGGCGACCGGAACCGGACGUCCCCCUUCGCGUUCACGGGCAACAAGUUCGAGUUCCGCGCGGUGGGGUCGAGCGCCUCGAUCGCCUGGCCCAACACGGUGCUCAACACGAUCGUGGCCGAAUCGAUCGACCACAUCAUCAGCGAGCUGGAAACCGCGGCGGGCAAGGACCCGACGGACGCCAAGAAGAAGUCGGCGGUGAAGCGGGUGCUCAAGGACGUGAUCAAGAAGCACAAGCGCGUGAUCUUCUCGGGCGACAACUACACGGAGGCGUGGGCGAAGGAAGCCGAGAAGCGCGGGCUCCCGAACCUGCGUGACACCCCCGCGGCGCUCGCGAUGCUCGCGGAGAAAUCGAGCAAGGACGUCUUCAAGAAGUACCACGUGCUGAGCAACGUCGAGCUCAACGCCCGGCGCUUGAUCCACCUGGAGCAGUACGCGAAGCGCAUCCACAUCGAGGCGAGGACGUCGCUGCACAUCGCCCGGACGCUCGUGAUGCCGGCGGCGCUCCGCUUCCAGACGGAGAUGGCGGAGAACAUCGCGGCGAUGCAGGCGGCGGACGUGGAUUGCGAGGACACCCGCGUCGCGCUGGAGGAUUUCGCGGACCUGGUCGUCCGCCUCCGCUCGACGGCCGCGGCGCUGGACGAGUCGCUCAACGGGAUCGAUCACGAGGAGCCGGAAAAGACGGCUUUGCACAUGCGUGACGCGGUCUUCCCGGCGAUGAACGACCUCCGCGAGGUGGUCGACGAGCUGGAGGGCGGAACUUUGAGCCACCCGAUCACCGGGUGGCUUUUUUCUUGGACGUUGGAUCUCCCACCGGAAUCGGCGGUUAUCUCGUCGAGUCCUGCGGUGAUGUGUCGACGUGGCUUAUCCAGCCAUCGCUCUGUGCCGAUCAGAGCCCGGCAAUCCCGCAUUUAUUGCCUCGCCAUCCGGAUUCGCCCCGGAUCCACAUCGCGAGACGUGCUCAGACAGCCAACAGAAGACGAGGUCGAAACGAUGAAGUUCACCAUCCGGAUGAAGCUCUGGCUCGGGUUCAUGGCCAUCGCACUGCUGGGCAUCGGCGCCGCUGGCUUUGCCGCGUACAAGGCCUCGAACGUGAACGCUGAGGUCCGCGAGAUGGCCGAGUUGCGGAACGAGGAGCUCUUCUGGGCGCUCCGGGGCGACCUGUUCCUGCUCCAGGCGCGGACGGACGUCCGGGCGCUGCGGGCGAACCGGUCCAAGGCGGACUACGACGCCGCGGUGGAGCACGCCGGCGAGUUUCAGGACGCGGUGAAGAGCAUCGCGGAGAUCGAGCGUCCGCAGGAUUUCUCUGCGGAGAUCGAGUCGAUGCUCUCCGGCGCUGAUGAGCUGAAGCGACGGAUCGGUGUGAUCUACGACGCGGUGGCGAAGCUCGGCGCCGGAGAAGAGGACGGGCUGAACCACACGCUGCAGCUCGCCGAGGCGGAGCUGUACUCGCGGGCGUACGACACGCGCGACGAGGAAUUCAUGGUGCUCCUGCAGGACACGAUCAUCUCGGGCAAGGAAGCGAUCCGCUACGACAGCGAGAUGGCGCACGAGAAGUUCAACACGGCGUGGGGCGCAUUCAAGCAGUACUACGACGAUUACUCCCUCAUCCUCGAGGACACGCCGGGUCUCACGGAGGCCCUCACGGCGUACCACGAGUUGUACGAGGACUUCCGGCUCACCGACGACCUCAUCGACGAGGAGACCGCGCGGUACUCUCAGCUGGGCGACCGCCUGAACGACGAGAUCGACGCGCUGCGGGACAUCUUCUACGAGCAGUUCCACGGCUCGAAGGCCGCCGCGCUCGGCGACCUGGCCUCGUUCAGAUCGAUGAUGAUCGGCUGCAUCGGGGUCGUCGCGUUUUUCGCACUGGUGAUCGCGAGCUUCAGCGUCCGGACGAUCACGAAACCGCUGAUGGCGCUGCGGAGCAUCAUGUCCGACAUGGCCAGCGGCAAGAAGGACAUGAGCAACCGUGCCGACGACAAGCGGUCCGACGAGCUGGGCGACGUGGCGAAGGCGUUCAACACGUUCGUCGAGCAGCUCCAGGUCUCGCAGGAGCGGGAGCGUGAACAGUCGGACGACCUCAAGGACAAGGUCACGAAGCUGCUCUGCGUCGCGCAGUCGGCCUCCCAGGGCGACAUGACAGCCGAGAAGCCCUACGAGAGCGAGGACGACAUGGGCCAGCUCGCGAACGGGUUCGACGAGAUGUUCGACAACAUCUCCGGCGUGCUCAACGAGGUCAUCGCGGGUUCGGCGCAGAUCGACACCGGCGCCCAGCAGUUCGCCAGCGCGAGCCAGCAGCUGUCCGAGGGCGCGUCGCAGCAGGCGGCGAGCCUGCAGCAGAUCGCCGCGUCGCUCGAAGAGGUGUCCUCGAUGAUCUCCCAGAACGCCGAGAACGCGAAGCAGGCGUCGGCGCUGUCCUCGGAAUCGCAGCAGAACGCCGACCGCGGCGCCGAGGAGAUGGAGGAGAUGAACAAGGCGAUGGACUCGAUCAAGGAGAGCUCGGAAGAGAUCUCCAAGAUCAUCAAGGUGAUCGACGACAUCGCGUUCCAGACGAACCUGCUCGCGCUGAACGCGGCCGUCGAGGCGGCGCGGGCGGGCGAGCACGGCAAGGGCUUCGCCGUGGUCGCCGAGGAGGUCCGCUCGCUGGCGAUGCGCUCCGCUGAGGCGGCGAAGAACACGGCGGAGAUGAUCGAAGAGUCCGUCGAGCGGGCCAACAACGGCGUGCAGAUCGCCGGGCGCGUGGGCGAGGCGCUGAACGAGAUCGUCGGCUCGUCCCGAAAGGUCAACGCCCUGCUUUCCGAGAUCGCCAGCGCGUCCACCGAACAGGCCGAGGGCAUCGACCAGGUGAACAAGGGCGUGAACGAGCUCGACAAGGUCACCCAGCAGAACGCCGGGAACUCCGAGGAGCUCGCGGCGGGCGCCCAGGAGACGGCGGCGCAGGUCGCCUCCCUGCGCGACGUGGUGUCGAGCUUCAAGACGCGUGGCUGCGGCUCCGAGGUCGCGGCCCAGGCCGCCCCGGCGGCGGCGGGCGUCGAGGUCGUUGAGAGCCCGGCUCCCCCCACGAAGGCGGCCGCCCCGGCUGCGGGACCCGCGGAGGCCGUCGAGGAAUCGUUCCCGAUGGACGACGAGGUGUUCGGCAUGUCGCUCAUCAGCGAGAAACAGUUCGAUGUGAUCUCGCGCAUCGCGCAGGAGCACUGGGGUCUGCAUCUCACCGAGAAGAAGAUGCAGCUUGUGAACAACAGGCUCGGGAAGUUCCUGCGCAAAUCGCCCUUCGAGAGCGUCGACACCUACCUGGCGCACCUCUCGGGCUCUCCGAGCCGGGACGACCUGCUCGAGUUCUUCGACCUGCUCUCGACGAACGUGACGAGCUUCUUCCGCGAGAUCCAGCACUUCAACUACCUGGAACGCGAGUUCUACACGGCGCUGUCGCGCGGGAACAUCACCAAGCCCGGCAAGCGGAUCCGGCUGUGGUCGGCGGCUUGCUCCACGGGGCCGGAGCCGUACUCGCUGGCGAUCCAGGCGAUGGAACUGAUGCCGGAACUCCGCGAGUGGGACUUCAAGAUCCUCGCGACCGACCUCUCGAACUCGGCGCUCGCGACCGCGAAGGCGGGGACGUACGCGUCAUCGAUGGUCGAGAAGGUGGACGCGAAAACCGUCGCGAAGUACUUCGACCGCGACUCGUCGAAGGGGCGGGUCCGGGUCAAGCCGUCGGUCCGGGAGCUCGUGACGAUCCGCCGACUCAACCUGAUGGAAUCGUUCCCGGUGAAGGGACCGUUCGACGUGAUCUUCCUGCGGAACGUGAUGAUCUAUUUCGACAAGCCGACGCGCGAGCGUCUGGUGAACCAGAUGUACCGGGUCCUGGGGCCGGGCGGGGUGUUCGUGAUCGGCAGCGCCGAGACGCUCUCCGGCCUGGAUACGCCGUUCAGGAUCGUCGUCGGCGUGGCGGACCUGGCGGUCUCGGACAACCCCGGGAGCGUCCUGAUCACGCACGCGCUGGGCUCGUGCAUCGGGGUGACGGUGUACGACCCGGUCGCGCAGGUCAGCGGGAUGCUGCACUUCAUGCUCCCGAGCUCCAAAACCAACGCCGAAAAGGCGAGGGCGAACCCCUCGAUGUUCGGCGACACGGGCGUGCCGCUGCUGUUCCGCUCGGUGUACGAGCUGGGCGCGAAGAAGGAGCGUCUGGUUGUGUGCGCGGCGGGCGGGGCGGAGGUCAUCGACGACGACGGCCACUUCAAGGUUGGCUCGCGGAACCGCCAGAUCCUCCGGAAGCUCUUCUGGAAGAACGACAUCCUCCUCGAGGCGGACGAGACGGGCGGGAACAUCUCCCGGACGCUCUCGCUCCGCGCGAGCGACGUGAUCCGGCGUCUGGACGAGCUGCCGGCCCUCCCGGAAUCGCUCGUCAGAGUCCGCUCCAUGCUCUCCGGCGGCGACUACAACGUCGGCGAGCUGAGCGAGGUCGUGAAGCGAGACGAGGCGCUCGCGGCGGUCGUGCUCCGGUGCGCGAACUCCGCGUUCUACAAGACCGGGGGGUCGGUCUUCGAUCUGAACCAGAGCAUCGUGCGUCUCGGCGCGGCCGAGCUGAUGCGGCUGGUGACGCGGACGGGCGUGAACAACCUGCUGGAAUCCGGCGGCCGGAGCUACGGGCUGCGACGCGGGCACCUCUCGCGGAGCGCCGUGGGCGGCGCGGCCAUCGCGCGGGCCCUCGCGAGCGAGACCGAUGGCGUCGACCCCGAGCUGGCGUACACGUGCGCGUUGCUGCGCGACGUCGGCAAGCUGGUGAUCGAUUUGCACUCCGACGCCGAGGGGAUCGACACGAGCGACCCGGACGAGUCGGACUUCGGGGAGGCGUGCUUCCUCGCCGUGGAGCGCGUGAAAUUCGGCUUCGACCACACCGAGGUGGGCAGCGCGCUGGCCUCGCACUGGGGCCUGCCGGAGCCGAUCCCGUCGAGCGUGGCGUUCCACCACGCGCCGCCCGAGCCGGGAACAGAAAACCACUCCGCCCUGUUCGACAUCGUGCACGCGGCGGACAUCGUGACGCUCUGGGCCGGCCUGGCCAUCGGGCGUGACGGACUGGCGUACCGCGUCGCGCCGCACGUGCGCGACGGGAUGCUGCACAAGCGUGCGCGGGUCGAGCGGCUGAUCUCCGAGGCUUGGGACGCCGCGUCGCGUGUCGGCGUGAGCUGCAACCUGCUUAUCGUUGAUGAUUCGCCCAUCCUGCGGACGGCGAUCAAGAAGACCGCCCGCCUCGCCGGUGUGAAGGACGAGGACAUCUCCGAAGCCGGCAACGGCAAGGAGGCGCUGGAGGUGCUGGAGAAGCACUGGGUGGACCUGAUCCUGCUCGACCUGAACAUGCCCGUGAUGAACGGCGAGGAGUUCGUCGAAGCGCUCAAGCAGAGCGAGACGCACGCCUCGAUCCCCGUGGUCGUCGUGAGCACGGAGAGCAACCGGGACCGCCUGUCCCGCCUGAAGGACCUCGGCGUCGUGGCGACGCUGCACAAGCCCACGAUCACCCCCAGCACGCUCGCGGAACUCGUCGUCGAGGCGCUCGAGCGCACGGCGUUCCUCCUGACCGACGCGAUGCCGCCCGAGGCGGAGUCGGAGUUCGACCGGCCGGCGUGGUUCUCGACGAUCGGCUACCACGGCGCGUUCGCCGGCUCGGUGUACCUCGCCGCGAGCGACGGAUUCGUGCGCGAGCUGGCCUCGAGCCUGCUCGGGAUCGAGCCGGAAGAGGUCGACAUGGAGAGCCAGGGACGCGACGCGAUCAACGAGCUCGCGAACAUCGUCGGCGGCUCGGUCACGCUCGAGCUGGGCAGCGAGACGCAGCAGUUCAGCCUCGGCCUGCCGGCGAAGGCCGAGCCCGGGUCGAUCCCCAGGCCGGGCGAGCACACGACGCAGUGUUUCAUCGAGUCCGAGGGCGAGCUGCUCGUCGUGACGCACGUGUCGGACGCGUCGGAGGUCUGUGCCAUGACCGCAGGGCAACCCGACGUCGGCGUGCUGAUCAUCGACGAUUCGUCGAUCGUGCGCACGGUGCUCUCUCGUGAACUGGCGCGGGUGCCGGGCAUCCGCGUGCUCGGGACGGCGCCGGACCCCUUCAUCGGUCGGGACAAGAUCCUGGAGCUCCGACCGGACGUGGUGACGCUCGACAUCGAGAUGCCGCGGAUGGACGGGCUGACGUUCCUCCGCAAAAUCAUGAAGUACCACCCGAUCCCGACGAUCAUCGUGAGCUCGCUCGCGAAGGCGGGAUGCGACACGGCGAUCGCGUGCCUGGAAGCGGGCGCGAUCGAUUGCGUGUGCAAGCCAGGGGAGGCCUAUUCCGUGGGCGAUCUGAGCACCGAACUGGCGCGCCUGAUCAAGGGCGCGAAGGGCGUGAAACUCCGCGAGCCGGUCAAGGUCUCGAAACGGACACCGCUCGCGUCGACGGCGAUGAUCGAGACGACGAACAAGGUCUUCGCGAUCGGCAGCUCGACCGGCGGAACGGAGGCCCUCAAGGAGGUGCUCACCCGCAUGCCCAAGACGGCGCCGGGGAUCGUCAUCGUCCAGCACAUGCCCGAGGGGUUCACCAAGUCGUUCGCGCAGCGGAUGAACGAGCUGUGCGAGAUCGAGGUGAAAGAGGGCGAGGACGGCGACUCGGUCAUCCCCGGACGCGCGAUCAUCGCGCCGGGCAACCUGCACAUGCGCCUGGCGCGGAGCGGGGCGAAGUACAUCGUCCGGGUCGCGGACGGGCCGCGCGUCUGCCGGCACAAGCCGUCCGUCGAGGUCCUGUUCGAGACGACCGCGAAGUUCGCGGGGUCCAACGCCGCGGGCGCGCUGCUCACGGGCAUGGGCGCCGACGGGGCGAGCGGAUUGCUCACGAUGCGGAAGGCCGGCGCGUUCACGAUCGCGCAGGACGAGGCGACGAGCGUCGUCUGGGGCAUGCCGGGCGAGGCCGUGAAGCUCGGGGCCGCGAUGGAGGUCCUGCCGCUGGAGAAGGUCACGCAGCGGAUGCUCGACUUUGCCGCGGGGAAGGUGACCGGCGAGAAGAAGGCCGCUCCGGGGUCCAAUGGGCUCAUGGACAGGCUCAAGGUUUACAACUGGCUGGAACGCUCCCGCGCCCGCGUCCUCGAGGACGUGCGGUCGCUGGAUGAAUCGUGCUGGACGAGAUCGUUCGAAAUCGGCGCGGGCUCGCUCGAAGCGGUCCUGAAGCACUGCCUGAUCGCGGAGUGGUACUACGACCACCGCAUGCGAGAGGAGCCGCUCGGGCUCUACGAGACGUGGGAGGUCCGCGACGACACGCCGCUGACGUUCGCCGAACUGGAAUCGAAGUGGGCGGCGCAGGCGGACUCGAUGAAGCGCACGCUCGCGUCGAUCACCGACUGGGACAAGGCGAUCGAGUACGCGGUCCGCGACGACGAGGGGCGCGACCUGAUCGUCUCGUGCACGCCCGAGGGCCUCUUCACGCAGCUCAUCACCCACGAGCCCUACCACCGGGCGCAGGCGGUGAACAUGCUGAAAAAGAUGGGCGUGACGUGCGGGGAGCUGGACUACAACGCGAUGGA